AUGGCAUCGUCGGAUCUUUACAGUGUUCGUGGGUACCCUCACAAUAUUAUCCCGUACAGUAUCGAAUGGGCGGAUUUCCAGGACCCAGUGCCAUGGAGCGCAUAUGUGGGUCAAUCGUAUUGCGCCAAUAAUAGGGUUGCCUGUACGGAGGUCAUUCCGGGCAGCUACCAGCCCGCCAUGUCAAUGCCAGGUCAAAUUCGUCAGCUGGAUCCUAAUUGGGCCAGCUGCGAGUUCGAUAACUAUGGCCUCUUUGAUCCUCCGAUCGCUCUUCACGGUGUUCCGAACUUCCUGACCUCUACUUCCGCUGCUGCAGACCCCACGCCAACCUCCGCUGAACCUGUGGUAUCCGCUGCUCCCGGACAAUCUAGCAAUGGCGACAUCCCCACUGCCACUUCUGCACCACAACCAACAGAGAGCUCCAGAGAACCCGAGGAUCCUACCGCUUCUGCCGCGCCGCAGGACCCCGCUCCAAGUUCAUCACAGACACCGACAGAUCCGCAAGAGCCCGCUCCAAGCAACACUGGAGGCCCUGAUCCACAGGAUCCUACCCCGGGCGACCCCCAGACUUCUAGCCAACCUCAAGAUUCUGCGCCAAGCAGCACGCCGGUUCCCGCAGAGCCCCAAGUAUCCGAGCCGAGCACCCCUCAAGAGCCGUCUCUGAGCGACUCUCAGGGCACUGCGCCAUCCGCUACUCAGGACCUUUCACCCAACGACCCGCAAGAACCUUCGUCGUCAGCGGUGGCUCCAAACGAUCCUCAGGACCCUACUCCAAGCAGCUCCCAGGGUUCUUCUUCAAACGACCCUCAGGACCCCGCCGCAAGUAAUACUGAGGGCUUUUCGCCAAACAACCCUGCAAGCCCUAUUCCCGGGAACACCCAAACUCCAUCGCCAAAUGAUCCUCAGGACCCUGUUACUGGCCAGAACCCAGCGACCAACCCUAGCGCGAACCCCACCGGUACCGCAAACAAUGGUGCAAGCAAUCCUACGCCGCCAGCUGUCACCAUCGGUUCGACUGUGCUCCCCAUAAACCCGACCGGCGGUGUUGUCGUUGAACCAGGCACUACUUUGUCUAGCGGAGGUGCAUCCGUGCUUAUUUCGUCCUCGACAUUCAACAUUGGAACCGGAGGACUCACUAUUGUCUCUCCCGAAACAAGCACCGAGGUACCCUUCGGCACCGAGCCUGUCACCGUCCACAUUGGCCCCAGCAGCGUGCCAGUAGUCCUCGACCCCGAAGCGAGCACUAUUGUCAUCGGCGGAACGACCUUGACACUGGGUGGAGCUCCUAUCACCGUCGACGACACCAUCCUAAGCGUAGGAUCUUCAGGUGUGGUGGUCGCUGGACCUUCGAGCACUUCGACCAUUGCUAUUCCCACGACGCGAGCCACUCUUGCCGCCGUCACCGCUGGCACCGAGGCGUUCCCCAUUACGAAUGGCGGCAUUGUGCUUGGCCCUGGUACCAUUCUUGGCCCCGGCGACCUUGCAAUCACCAUCUCCGACACCGUGUUCUCCGUUGAUUCGACCGCUCUCAUCAUAGUCGGCAACGGAAGGACUUCCACCAUUCCGGUCACGCUGGAUGCUUCAAGCCAUGCGGAUGCAACCACUGAGGAUGGUUCGGGCAGCCUCACCGCAACCGGCGCUGGCCUCAGUCCGUCUGAGACUGGUGAAGUAGAGUUCCCUGGUGCUGCGGCGAAGAUGGGAUGGAGCAAGACGCUGAUUGCCGUGCUUGGUGCUGCUUAUGUGAUGAUAUAG